GCUUGAUUCAUAUGUUGUAUAAUAAAUUCUCAACCUUCAUAUGUUGAUGUAUCAUAAAUUCUGUUUAAAUCCUAACCAAUUACUAAAAGUAGAACAAUGGAAGUUGUCAAAACAUGUCGCACACAAUAAUUUUGAAAGUUAUACAUAAUUAAUGGAACCUCGUUGUCAGGGACAGAGGUACAGUAGUACCUUAUGAGGGUUCGGGCGAACUCAAUAAUUUUUAUGUAGAAGCUAUAUUUAUUCUUCUUUGGCCCACACACGUGGGUUCGAACCCCAAUAGCCAUAUAUAUAUUUUUUUUCCUUCACUUUUUAUGCUUUUUUACUUAAAACCCAAAAAACUUCAAAUCCUGGUCUCGUCUCUACUUGUUGUGUCUAUUUGUUCUCGUGUCACUUAUAUCGAAAUAUGUCAAUGAUAGCGUACACGAGAUUUUGUACAAGCACUCAAGCAGUGUUGGCGUAUUAUCACAAGUCAUCUUGUAAAUGUGUACUAAGAUUAUGCUCGACGACUCUAGCAGUUUCAAGGUUUUAUUUUGUAUUAUUUUAAAGUAAUAUCCGCCUAUUAUAUAUGUUCGAUUGAUUUUUUCAGUUAAAAAAUUUAUAAAAAAAAUCUGAUAUUUUUUUAAAAGGGCCGAAUGAUCCAAAUUGAAAAUCAUAUCAAUAUUGUAUAUGAACUGUAUCUGAACUACAUGGGUCAAAAUAACCCAAAUUAAAAAAUGACUAUAAAAUAAAAAUAGUGUAUCCAACUGAUCACUUUUUAAAAAAAUGUUAAACUUAACCUAUUUAUUUUAAAAAGAGCUACACAGUAUCAUUUUCCCAAAGUUUUAUGGCUUCCUAGCUAUCCUCAUUACAGAGAAUAUGGAUGGUUUGGGCUAAUAGUUCCAGGAUUACAUGGACUAUCGUAAUUAAAACAUGUGUUUAGGAAAAAUAUUUUAGGCCCAAUAGUGUGAACUCUUGGAUUGGAAGAGCGACUUCUGGCUCACAUGAGUUUAAACUGUAUAUAACUAUUUAAAAAAAAUAGAAAGGUGUGAGAUUGAAGAUAUAUUAUUAUGUUAUUCGACAAAGAUUAUAUGUGGGCAGGGAAAUAAAGUUCAACCUAUUAUUGAAGUUGAAAGAUCAAUAAGGAAAUGUUUUUUUUUUUAAAGCUUGUAAUUGAAUAUUUACGCGCAGCUAAACGAUUUCACUAUUUAAUACGCACCUAUAUUAUUUUACCAUACAAUUAUAUUUUUUACGGCAGAUAGAAUAAUGAUUGUUGAAAUCAUUUCGGUCAUUUUUUUUGUAAAAUCAUUUGGUAUCUUGACUCCGAAAUUCAUACCAAUUCGAUUAAUUCAGAUUCACAUUAUGUUACGUUCAUGCAUUUCAAAACAAAUAGAUCUCAUCGAUCCGAAGCCGAGCACCGAUGAUGGCAUGAGGCACCUCCUUAAUCUCGCCUCACUAUCCAUGUGGAGUAAGUGCUUCUUAUUAUAAACACUUCAAAGUUACCUUCUCCCAUCAAUGUGGGAGAAUUAGUAAACUUUUCUUACAAGAGUACACUUUCCAUUUUAGUUUCUCUCUUUCCUCCACUAUUUUUCCUCCAUUUUUCAUUCACACUUUUCACAAACUUGAUACAUCAAAUUAUGACCGAAGGAUCUAGCUCAUUCAUCCCGCCACACUCUUUAGUGGUAUAUAUCAUCUUUAACUGUUUAUCUUUGAUCUUUCAUAUCUUAAUAGCCAUCACGUCUUUUAACAAACUAAAAUGUAGAUCAAAUCUAUGUAGUAUAUUAGUAUUAGCAACUAGCUAGCAAGAGUUGGUGACAUUUCUUUCAUGGUGUACCACCUUUAAUUUCUUCUUCUAAAUCAAAAAACGUGCAACCCACAACUUAUUUUUCUAUUCUUCAUCCUAAUACACCCAACUCAACAAAUUUAAUCUUAUAUAUCACCCACAACUCUCUUGUCAAUACAAAAUUGAAAGCAAAAACAUCCCAAUAAUAAAUCAUCAUUCACUUUUUAUGAUUCAUCUAUCUACACUCUUUUCUCAACCCUUUAAAGUACAAAAACAAAAAUGAAAAUGAGCACUUCAUGUUGCUUCAAAUUCAAUCCAUGCAAGAAAAUAGUAAAGUUGUUCAAGUUCAAAUUAAGACUAAGAAAGCCCCUCUUUAUAAGAAGGCUUCGAAUUUUUCGUCCUUCAAUAAGAUGUGAAAGCAAUACAAUCACCCGUAAAAAGCAAGCUUCACAAGUUCUUUCGGUGUUUCGUUCGAUAAGGAGACAAUCAAGAGAGAAGGACCAAGUCAUGGAGCUCAAAAGUUUCUCCGAUGCAGGCCAUAUUAAAGCACCAGUUCCAUCACCAAUAACUCCAGCUUAUGCAAGAUUAAGUGGAGCUACUAAAAAAGAAGUAGUAAUAUUUCAAGAUGAUGUUGAAGAUGCAUGUAGAAGCUUCGAGAAUUAUCUAGCAGAAAUGAUUGUUGAAGAAGGAAAAAUAAGGGAUUUAAUGGAUGUAGAAGAAUUACUACACUGUUGGAAGAAUUUAAAAAGUCCUGUAUUUAUUGACUUGGUGUGCACAUUCUAUGGUGAGCUAUGCAAAGAUUUGUUUUCCAAUAGUUAUAAGGAUGAUAACAUGAGCACUACUCCAAAAAGAGUCUUGCAAUGAAAUUUUGCUUCUUAUAAUCAUUGACAUUGAAAUUUAUCAAAGCAACACAGACUCACCGAAAAUAAUGUCGCAGUCGUAUUGAAUUCUUCCAGAAAAAUGUACUAUUCUUGAAGAAUAUAUUCAACAUGCUCGUUGUCAUACGUAAUGUGUUUGAAAAAAGAGUUGGAAAUUUUGUAUACGAAAGUUAUUAUUUCAUUUGCCAAAUGAUAUUUUUCAUAUGAAAUCUAAACCUAUCUAUGAAUAAGUUGUUACAGCCAAGGUAACACUUUUGGGAAAAUUUUCUUGGGAUGGACUUGCAUUUGUAGAGAGGAAGUGGCACCAGGUAGCCACUUAGGACUACUAUUUAAAUUCUAGCCAGUGUUCGCAAAUUAUUUAUGUUUAGCCAUAACUUAAAAAGCGGGAAGAUAUCAAAUUAAUUUAUUUUAUUUUUUACGUUUUGAUGAUCAAAAUGAUGCAUAUGUUCAUAAAAUUGUGAUUUUAUAAAGUUUGAAUUUCGUAUUUCAAACUUCAAUUAAUAGUCCUAUAUAUAAGAAUUAGAGGAUAGAGUUAUAUGAUUUAAAUGUCAUGCGAAAUUACGAGAUAAAAAUCUAUUUUACUAACCUGGAUGGUGGAUAUUAAGAAGAAAGGACAGAACAUACGCGCAAACAAAGCGAGAAGAAUAUGACGAGAAGUGGUGGUACUUACUUCGUUUUAAAAAGAACAAUCUAUUUUCUUUUUUAGUUUGUUGAAAAGGAAUGACCUCUUUCAUUUUUUGGCAACACUUUAAUUUCAACCUUACACAUGACAUGAGAAAAGUCAUCAUUUUCACCCCAAACUAUACUCGAAAAGUCGAAGACACAUCUAAACUAUUGAAGUGACCUAAUACACACCUAUACUAUUUUAAAGUGAAAUCAUUUACUCCUUCAAAUGUCAUAAACAGAUUUUGUCUUAAAUAUGUGUACACGCGUUGACACGUGUCAAUAACAUUUUUUUUUUACUUUUUUCUUUUUUUAAGAUUAAUCUCUUUUCUUUUUCUAGAUAAAAAUUAUCCCAUAUACUGAGAUACAUGUUUGUUUUUUGGGGAAGCCAUAUUGCCGGAAAAAUAUGAUUAUCUUGGUUAUCAAGAAUUUGAGAAACGAGAAAGAAAAAAAGAGAAAGAAAAUAACAGUAAAACAAUUAGCUCAAAAAUCUAAAAGAAAUCCGAUUGAAGUCACCACUGAAAAUGGAAGUCAGCUCCAUCAAUUUUUUAAGUAUCUGCACUAGCCCUAGCUAGCCUACCGCUGCUUCUUCAAUUACCAACUUCAAUCUUUGUUUUUUAGUUUAAAUUUGGGCAAAAUCCAUUUAUUGAUAAAAACGAAUUUGAUCGGAUCAAAGCAACUCGAAUCAAACAAGCAAAACAACUUUAAUUUUUUCAUUGUUUUACAAUCUUUCGCUAUUUUAUAAAAUUCAAGAAACCCAAAUCCAAUUCGAUAAAAUUCGAGCAAAUCAUAACCCAAUUCAUAAAAAAACAAAAACAAAUCAUAAUCCCCAAAUUCGAGCAAAUCAUAAACCCACCAUCAUAAACACAAUAGGAUUUUCUCGAAUUGGAUUUAUGAUUUGCUCGAGCAAAUCAUAAAUGCAAGAAACCCCCAAUUCAACUCUGUAAAAUUCGAUAAAUCCAUAACUCAAUUCACAAAAUUUGAGAAACUCACUACGCAAUUCAGUAAAAUACAAGAAAUUCAAAAUUCAACUCGUGAAAUUCAAGAUACCCA